GGACAUCCAUCACCAGUGUCACUUUUGGACGGGGGCGAUCUUACACCAAAAUUACCGGAUUCCUCAAAAACUACGGAGCUUUACAUACAACACUAUUUCAUAUUUGAUUGUUUUCCUUCCCUCCCUUACUUUGUCUGGCACCAUGAGCGUGUGGGUGAACGGCUCGUCCUUGGACCCGUUCGCCGGCUCGCAGACGCCUCCGUCGGACUCCAACGCCACAACCAACCGCAGCAAGCACGCCCCGCCGGACCUGAGCCGGGCGGUGCCGGUGGGCAUGGUGCUGGCCUCGUUCAUCGGCUUCGCCAUCGUGGGCAACCUGCUGGUCAUCCUGUCGGUGGUGUGCAACCGCCACCUGCGCACGCCCACUAACUACUUCAUCAUCAACCUGGCCAUCGCCGACUUGCUGCUCAGCACCACGGUGCUGCCCGUGUCCGCCACGCUGGAGAUUCUGGACUACUGGGUGUUCGGCCGCAUCUUUUGCGAUAUUUGGGCUGCGGUGGAUGUCCUAUGCUGCACGGCGUCCAUCAUGUCGCUGUGCGUCAUUUCCAUCGACCGCUACAUCGGCGUCCGUUACCCGCUGCAGUACCCGGUCAUCGUGACGGAGAAGCGUGCGCUGCUCGCCAUGCUGGGUGUCUGGAUCCUAGCCAUUGUUAUCUCCAUCGGACCGCUGCUCGGAUGGAAGCAGCCGCCGUCGCAGGACGACACGGAGUGCGUGAUCACACAGGAGCCGUUUUACGCCCUCUUCUCCUCGCUGGGCUCCUUCUACAUCCCGCUGGCCGUCAUCCUCGCCAUGUACUGCCGCGUCUACGUGGUGGCCAAGCGCACCACCAAGAACCUGGAAGCAGGCGUGAUGAAGGAGCGGCAGCAGGACUCCAACGAGCUCACCCUCAGGAUCCACUGCCGGAACCAGCAGAUCCAGGACCUGUGCGCCACGUCCAAGAGCGGAGGGGGCGGGGCGACCUCGGCCGGGCGCAGCACGCUGACCGUCAAGUUGCUCAAGUUCUCGAGGGAGAAGAAAGCAGCCAAGACGCUGGGUGUGGUGGUGGGCAUGUUCAUCCUGUGCUGGUUGCCCUUCUUCUUGGCUCUUCCCAUCAGCUCUUUUAACAGAAACCUGCGCCCUCCCGAAACCUUCUUUAAGGUCAUUUUCUGGCUGGGCUACUUCAACAGUUGCCUGAACCCCAUCAUCUACCCCUGCUACAGCCGCGAUUUUAAGCAGGCCUUCAUCCGGAUCCUCCGCUGCCGCUGGAAACGGAAGCGCCAGGGCUGGCAGGCAUACUACAACUACCGCUGUCAGCAGGGCUCCAACAACUCGUCUUACCUGAACGGCAGCCAACAGACGCUGUCCUCCGUCAGCCACAGCCCCCGAUGCGUCGCCCCCAAGGCCCACCCGCCGCCUUGGUCGUCCUCCUGCAACAACCGUAACCUCCUCCCGGGAUCGGACACAGGAGGACGGAAGCUCGGCCCGGCGUCCCCGCUCACCAAGGGAGCUGGCGGGCGAGAUAGGGGUGUGAAAAGGCUGUAA